CUCGACGCGGCUAGGGCGAGGUAGCUGGGGACUGGGGUGCGUCCGCCAUUCUCAACACCAAAAACUUAUCGCGGCGACGACAGCACGCGCCAUCUGCAUUCGCCCCGCUCCAUCGCCAUGGCCCUCGCCCGCCCGCUGCCGCCGCUGUGGCAGGCGCUGCUCCCUGGCCUCAAUGGCCCCGCCCGCCCCGUCCUGAACCUGCCGCUGCUGCAGCGCCUCGCGCAGCCCUUCCGCAUGCUGCCCACUCCCUUCGCCGCGCUCGCCAUACCGCUCUCGCUGCCAUCGAUACCGUCAUUGUCAGACAUUUGGGAUGGCCUUCUGAAGGCAGUGCCCAAGAAGAAGACAUCAUACAUGAAGAAGCGGACGCGCUUCAUGGCCGGCAAAGGCCUCAAAGACCUCACGAAUUUGAACAAAUGCUCCGCGUGCGGGAGAGUCAAACGGGCUCAUUUCCUGUGCCCCUACUGCGUGGAUGCUAUCAAGUCCAACAUCUUCGGCCAGCACUGGUGGUCGGUAAGAAUGCCCACAAGGAAGCAAGAGAAGCAGUUGAAGCGCCAGAAGCGUGAGGAGCUUAUGAGGUCCCGCAUGGUCAUGCCCGAUCCGAGGGAGGAAAAGCCCAUCGUGGAGCACACGACGUGGGCGAAGAAAUGAAAAGCGAAAUAUCGUUAAUAUUGUACAUUAGUGUACAUCAUGGCGUAUCUGGCAUACGGCGCUAUGGGUGGGAAGAACGGCAGAGCAUCUGUAACCAUAAAGAAGACAUCUGUAGGGAAGUGUAUCAUAGCCAUUUAGGCAAUCUAGCAUGCUGGUAUGCAUGUCGCAACCGAAACCCUGGAACGCCUCGAGUCCAACCCAGCAGUUCCACGAAGGCUUGCCCUGCCAUGCGAUGAAUCGCUCAAUGCAUUCGCUCACAUGCGCUUAGAGGGUAUCCUAUGUAAAUACAAGAAAUAGCUCGUUUGAAAGAAUUAGAAUUCGC